AUGGCCAGGUGGUUGGACCCAUUCAUCGGCUUCCAGGAAGAGGUCCCAUCGCUCUGCUCACGGGGCAUCAAUGGCUUUGGCCAGGAAGAGAGCUAUAUCCCUUACCAGGCGUUGGAAAAGUAUUGGGAUCCCGACAAGAUCAACGAGGUGCUCAAUUCCCGCAAAGGCGAGUUGCAAAACCUCGAUGUCGAAACUAUCCAGACAAGCUUUCUCCGCAUCUUCUCCAUCCUGGUUUUCAGUACGAAACAUAACGCCUUCAGGAUCAGCUAUCUUUCCAAAUUCAUCAACAAUCAUAUUGACGACCACAAUCUGCCCCUAUUGCGGGGUCAGCAUCCUCACUCUGGCCCUGCCAUGGCUGUCUUUUCCACCGGAGAGGAAGGUCUCGCAGCAUGGGAGGCGUUUGACAAGCACCAAUUCAUGUUCAACCCCUUUAUGCUGGAGACAAAGUGCCGACACAACCAUCCCCUGGCCGAGCGGUGUAUCGUUCCAUGGAAACGCGUCGGUGAACUAUCCAGGUCGAAAAACAACUCCACCGUCGUUGAGAAAUUCAAGAUCAACUCGGACAGCGAGUUGCGUCAAUUGGUGGAAACCAUUGCCGUGAAGAAGAUUUGCCUACGACACGACGACGAGGACCUCACACGCGAAGCCGAGGAAACGUUCUCAAACGAGCUGGUGGCAUACAUUGGGUUGAAGAACAACUCAUUGCAAGAGGAUGCAUCGCGAUAUUUCCUCCGAUAUUACGGCUCGUUCAGGCAGGGGGGUUGGGGCUAUGUGCUCCUUGAAUACGCCGACAAAGGAAGCUUGACGGAAUUCUACGCUAGGAACAAUAUGCCCUACUACCCCUGGCAGGUGUACAAUGUAUGGAAAGCCAUGCUGAAUCUUCUCAGAGGCCUAGAGCUCCUUCACCAUUUUAACAAUCACAAGGCCUGCCCUGCUGUGCGAGGCAUCCAUCAAGAUCUCAAACCGUCCAAUAUCUUUGUGUUCGAGGACCGCGAAGACCUCACCGAAGACAAGCCGCCCUACAAGCACAAGUACAUCUUCAAGAUUGGCGACUUCGGGUUGAGCAGCAUGCGCCUAAGGCAGACUCUCCAUCCAGACAACAAAGGGACCAAGAUGUACGGGGCACCAGAGAUCACCACACCCACGGCUGAACUUCGCCAUUUAGAUGGCGGUGCAACUUAUAAGGUAGACAUCUGGUCAAUGGGGUGUAUCUACUUCGAAAUGCUCAUUUGGAUCAACUCCGGCGAGGCGGGGCGAGACGAGUGUCUGAUCAAACGUCUCAAAGAGGGCGGCCCUGAUGGGGCAUUUCACAACCGGGGAAAAGAGCUUGCCGCCCUCAAGGAGAUGUUGGAGCUAACGCUCUCCUGCAAACGGCAAUGUGACGACCUUACCCAGCCUAUAGCUGAACGAAUCAUGCUGUCAAUGCUAUGCAUUGACCCUUGUGACAGAUCGAAAGCCAAACAGCUUAUACGAGAGUUUCAGGCGAUUCUAGAAAAGACUGCUGGAGGAGACAACGCCCGCAAUGGUCCGACACCACGUACGGCUCUUACAGGUACCCGCACUCAACCCAGUCACAACACGCGUGGCAAAGCAGCCCAUUUAUCCAACGCUCAACCGCGCGCUAUCUACGGUACUCAUCCUUCGGGCUCACCCGAUCUCAUGACAGGGUAUCCUUCACGUGUUGCAGCAAACGAUCACAACAAAAGCGAAGACGGCGAGGACUUUGGCAAGGCAGGCCAUUCUCUUGGGCCACCGCUAGGGCCAGUACAAGAACCGCCCGCUCAUCGCGUCCAUCCUUCUGCCGCAUAUCGUGGCGACAUCCCUACCUCUAACUCACGGGCUCCGCCUAGGAGCCACCCUACCCGGGUCAGUUCACAUGGUGUGCCACACUCCAAUCAACACAACCUUGAAGAUGUUGUUGUUCCCUUAUUUGGCGGACAGCGCCCUCCAUCAUCUGCUCUUUCACCUACGAACAACCAAGGUCUAAAGCAGGCAUUCUUUGUCACACAGCGGCCGUUGUCAGUCGAUUCCAGAAGGGCAGCUGAUAGGCAUUUAGGUUCCAUAGAAACCAUGGUGGGUUUUCAGCCUGCCUACUCUCAGCCCGAUACAACCUCGCCUGUUUACAGCCCCAGGUCAACCCGACAGGGGAAGUUGCCUGCCUCGAGACCAAGCAGUGAUCCAACCGCCAGGCGUGGGGAACAGGAUGGUCCUUUCGUCUGGGAUAUUCUUGUUCACAAAGAAAGUAGCAAGAAGAGGAAAUGGCCACGUAGAUCAUUUGAACACUUGCUGGGACAAGCCGACGCUCUGAAGUAUCAGCAAGGCAGAGAACAGAUAUUCAUCGUCGAUGACUCCGAAAGCAUGUGGAAGUACUGGAAAAGUGUUGUGGAUACUUUCGAGGCGCUGUCCUACCUAGUCAAGGCGUGUGAUCCCGACGGCAUUGAGCUCUAUCUCAUCUCGGAACCACAGAAGAAGAAGGCGAACAAGAACUCAACUACCGACCUUGUAAAAAUUUUAAGAGAACUUAAACAGCCCACCAAGCAGAACAGCAACAUCGAGUCGAGCUUCAGUCGUAUCUUGGAGAACGUUAGGGUGACGAUCUCGGACACGGCGAGCAAUUCAAGCCGUGUGUCGAUUUUCAGACCCCAAUCUGGAGCUGGAAUCAGCAUCUAUUUUUUUACCGAUGGUGUGUGGGACGAUGACGACAAGCAGGGGAACCCAAACAUUGCUCACCCGAUCCAAAAUUUGAUACGAAAAAUGCAGCAAAAUAACCACGACCGAACCAAAAUCAUGAUACAAUUUAUCCAGUUCGGCAACGACCCAGCUGGAACCAGGCGCCUGAGGUAUCUUGACAACGGGCUCAAGUCAGAGCUGGAUGAGUUUGACAUCGUCGACCGCAAACCAUGGAACAGCAAUGUCUGGAAAAUACUGAUCGGAAGCCUCAAUCGCAAAAAUGACAAGGACAGCGAUGAAGAAGAACAGGACGUAUUCCACAACGCACAAGAGGGUGACAGAUUGGGUAUCCAGGACAACAGUGUGGCGAGCUCCUCGCCCUUACAAACCACGUGGUUGCCUCCGAGACAGACCACCCGGGUCUCCUCGAACUCCCAGACGCAUCCCACGAAUUGUCCAUUCGGAACUGGACGAGGCGAGUGUAUAUGCCGUUAGUAUGCGGGCUGAACAACGAGAUUUUUUGGGGGGGAUAUGCUCUUUUCUUAUCUCUCCUACCGCACUGAACCCCUCCACUUUCCGUUCAUACCCUACAUAAAGGACGACUGUUCAGGGUAUCUCUCUUCUAUGUACACAUGGGGUUUUGGAGAUCGAGAUCAUUUUUAUUUUUCUCGUAGUCGUCAGGAGUCUGUGCUUUCUUCGCAUUUUUUUAUAUACUUUCGGACAACAGAACAUGAUUGCGGGGACUCUGGUUGGUAUAUAUCUCUUACACAAUGGGCAAUUAAAGAGUCUUCGUGGGGCUGAGCAUAUAUGUUGGGUUUAUGAAAGGAAGGAAAUUUGGUAGAUGAUCUAGGCUUGAGGCGUUUUUCUGGGAAAGCAGGGAAUGGUUUACAUGAUCUGUCUUGGUGUUCAGGAAAGACGAAACAAAGAUACCCUUCUUGUAUAUAAUGUUUAUAUUACGGCCAGUAUAUAACCUUUCUCGUUUAUUUCUCCGUUACCAGUUCAAAACAUGGCCUUUUCAGCGUUAGCAAAAUAUAUGGGUAUAUAUCUGUACAUACCUGUUACCUUUUUACAGACAUGGGAACGUCGUUAAGAGGGGGUUUGGAAUGAGUGUAUAAGAUAUGAAAGCUUCCAAGUUACCU